AUGCCAGUGAAUGAGACGAAUUCGCAGGCAUCAUCUGGACCUUCCUAUGAGGUUUUUCUAAGUUUUCGAGGACCAGACACUCGUCAUGGAUUCACCGAUUGUCUUUAUAAUGCCAUGGUAGAUGCUGGGAUCCUCGUCUUUAGGGAUGAUGAAUCCCUCCGUGUUGGUGAGAAAAUUAGUGAUGAACUUCUACAAGCAAUUGAGAACUCCAAGAUUUACAUUCCCAUAUUCUCCAAGAAUUAUGCCGAGAGUCACUGCAAAGCUCUUUCAAAGCACCGGAAAAAGUUCUGCACUGAAGCAGUAGAAUCAUGGAAAAAUGCUCUUAUUGAGGUGGGCAGGAUAAAGGGGUGGAACUUGAAGAAAGACAAUGGCCAAGGAGAACUGAUUCGUUCGGUAAUUCGAACGGUUUCGGUUAAGCUGAAGGUUGCAUAUCAAAAUGUGACUGAACAUUUAGUUGGAGUUGAUGAUCGUGUAGAAGCUAUAAUCCAAAAGUUGGAUGUGGCAUCUGAUGGUGUACGGUUUCUCAUAAUCCACGGAAUGGGCGGGGUUGGCAAAACAACCCUCACUAAAGUCGUCUUCAACAAACUAUCUUCUAGCUUUGACGGAUGUUGUUUCCUUGCAGAUGUUCGAGAAUCAUCAAAAGGCAAAGAUGGUUUGGUAAAUUUGCAAAAUAAAUUGUUAUCCAAGCUCCUUGGUCGUCAUUCUAUCAACGAAAUUCUUGAUGUGAAUGACGGAAUCAACAAGAUUAGAGGAGCACUUAGAAAUAAAAAAGUUAUCAUUGUUCUUGAUGAUGUGGAUGAGAAAGAGCAAUUGAAAAGUCUUGCAGAAAAUGGUAGUUGGUUCGGUUCAUGUAGCAAGAUUAUCGUAACUACUAGGGACAAAAGUGUUCUAACUGAAGCCCCAAAUGUUUCAACUUACGAAGUAUGUGAAAUGGAAUUUGGUCAUGCUCUUAAGCUUUUUAGUAGGCAUGCCUUCAAUAGUGACUCUCCACCAAAUCAUCGUGUCUCCCUUUCCAAAAAAAUCGUCAAUACUUUAGGAAGGCUUCCUUUAUCUCUUGAGAUUACAGGUUCAUCCCUGCGCGGUAAAGACGAAGAAUUAUGGAUUGACACAUUGAAGAAGCUACAAAAAGCUCCUCCCAAGGAUGUCCAAAAGAUAUUGAUGAUAACUUAUGAAAAGUUAGAGGAUGAAGAAAAGGAAGUAUUUUUGGAUAUAGCUUGUUUUUUUGUUAAUGAAGGUAUAACAUGCCCUUCCUAUAUGUGGGAUGACUGUGAAUACCACCCACACAUUGCCAUUGAUGUACUCCUUCGCAUGUCCUUAAUAAAAAUCAAAGAGGACAAAUUAUGGAUGCAUGAACGAGUGCAGGACCACGACAAAACUUUUUGGAUGCAUGACCAAGUGCGGGACCUCGGAAGGGAAAUCGUCCGUCGAGAGAACUUCACCAAUCCCUAUGAGCGUAGUAGAGUGUGGAACAAUGACGAAGCCCGGAGCAUUCUAAAGGAGAAAGAGACUAUUCUUGCAAAAGAAUAA